CUACCUACUAUUUUUCCCCUGCUCAAAAUGGUUGUGUUACUGCUGGCCCUGGCUUCGGCAUGUCUGGCCUCUACAUUACCUGUUGUCGAUUUGGGAUAUGAACGGCAUCAAGCUUUAUCCUAUAACGGGACCUCGGGUCUCUAUAAGUUCAAUAAUAUUCGCUAUGCGGCUCCUCCAAUAGGCGACCUGCGAUUCCGGGCACCCGCUGCUCCAGAGGUGAACAGAAUGGAAAUCCAGAACGGCUCUGUUGCCCGGGUGUGCCCCCAGGCAGCACCAGUAUGGGACCAAGUUCAGGCAACCUUUGUUGUGGACUAUCUUUACGGCCUGCCUUUCGACGGUUCCUCCAAUACCUCCGACUAUACAUAUACGCCAAUAGCACCAGACCCCUCCGUUUCUGAGGACUGCUUGUUCCUCGACAUCAUCGUUCCCAAGAAGGUCUUCGAUCAAACAAAGGUUAAAAAGGCCACUCGGAAGAAUCUGGCGCCUGUGCUAGUGUGGAUUUACGGCGGUGGUUAUAUCACAGGAGACAAGACCCUCAAUGAUGCCCGUGGACUGGCUCAACGGAGCACGGUCGCAGGCCAUGAUGGUAUUGUUUAUGUGUCUAUCAAUUAUCGAUUGGGUGCAUUUGGUUGGCUUGGAGGUGAUAGUGUAACAGCCAAUGGUACUGCCAACGCUGCUCUGCACGAUCAGCGCUUUGCUUUGAACUGGGUGAAGAAGAACAUCCACUUGUUCGGUGGUGACUCAAGCCGCGUCACUGUUAUGGGAGAAUCCGCCGGAGGAGGCUCCGUUCUUCACCAGGUCACGGCCUAUGGAGGCCAAGGCACUGUCCCGUUCCAACAAGCCAUUAUCCAAAGUCCUGGCUGGAUUCCUCUCGUCACUGAGGAAGUGCAAGAAGCAACCUUGCAGCAAUUCCUGGGAUUCCUGAACGUCAGCACCAUAGAAGAGGCCCGCACACUGUCCUCAGACAAGCUGAUCGCCGCCAACUCAGCACAAAUCGCGAUCAAAUCCCAGUGGGGACAGUUCACAUACGGCCCCACUGUCGAUGGAACGUUUGCGCCUGCUCUGCCGGGCCAGCUUUUGCUCGAAGGCAAGUUCCACAGUGGUGUGAAUGUUAUGGUUGGACAUACGGCGGACGAAGGGUUGCUCUUCACCUCGCCGGAGAGUUACAACAGCACCGGCUUCGCCAGUGAAUUGGCCACCUUGAUCCCGAACAGCCCAAAGAACAAGUUUGAUUACGUCGUGGACGUUCUCUAUCCAGCUGUCUACAAUGGAUCCUAUGACUACAAAGACUCGGUCGCUCGCUCCGCGCUCAUGGUCUCGGACCUGGGCUUCCAGUGCAAUACCGACUACAUCAACCAUGCGUUCGAGAAGACCUACGCCUACGAAUUUGUCAUCUCGCCGGGGCUCCACGGACAAGACGGUUCCUACACGUUCUACAAUCCCGGAGAGACUGUCGUCAGCAGCAACCCGGAUGUUGUCACUGCUAUGUCGUCGGUCACCAACGUCAGUGUGGCACUGGCUAUGCAGGACUACUUCCUCAGCUUUACAGAAAACGGCGUGCCGACGUCGAGUCUGGCUCCGCCGAUUGAACCGCGGGGUCCGAGUGGGCAGCUCAUGAGCAUUAACACCCACACCAUUCAGCGAGCCCAGGACGCAACUAAUAACCAGCGUUGUAAGUUCUGGCAGACUGCAUCUGAUCUUUUCCAAUGA